GUAACACCAGACUGCCCACUGCUUGCCGGAGCACAGCAGCAAGGGGCAUACCCUGGCGCUACAGACGAUUCAGGAAAGGUGCAGUGUCCUCGCUUAAAGUUGUCUCCAGUGUUCCAGGGAAGCUUUGCAAAGUAACAUGCACUUCAGAAAACAGGAAUGUUGUCUGGUCCUGGAGCUGCUGCUGCUGCCUCUGGUCACGGGAUUCUCAGGUAAUUCAGAACAAAACAUAAAUGCAGCAACUGGCAGCAACAUAACCCUGAAUGUCCUCAAGAAACAGCUUGGACCCUACAAGCGUCUCACCUGGCUUCACACUACGAAACAGAAGAUUUUAGAGUACAACUAUGGUGGUACAAAGAUUAUCUUCAAUUCUGGAUUUAAGGACAGGGUCAAACUUGACAAUAGAAGUGGUGCCCUUAGUAUCUAUAACCUCCGGAAAGAGGACAGGGGCACCUACUACUUGAGACUGUUGAAUGAAAAUGAGAGAGAGUGGCUGAUAACCCUAACAGUAUUUGAUCCUGUGUUCAAGCCUUCCAUAAAGAUCAAUAGGUCUGAGGAUUUGACUGGCUCCUGUUAUCUGAGGCUAUCAUGUGAAGUACAGGAGCAGCCUGAUACCUACACUUGGUAUGGGGACUCAGGGCCUCUUCCCCAAAUGGAGCCAGGAGAUGUGCUCGAAAUCACCGUCACCCCACAGAACAAGUCUGCGUUCUACACCUGCCAAGUCAGCAAUCCUAUCAGCAGCAAGAAUGACACAGUGUACUUCAUGCCACCUUGUUCUCUGGCCAAAUCCUCUGGGCUACGUUGGAUUUCGACUUGGCAUGUGGCCAUGGCACCCAUCAUCCUUGCCAUCCUGCUAACCUGAGAUGAACUCUUCCCAUUCAAGAAAGAAACUUCAAAGCCACAGGAUCUUGCCUUUGUCACCAGCAGUGCUCCUGACCAGGAAAGCAGCUCUGGCUUUAUGGGACAAAGGAAAGUGUGUCGCUGAACAUCUGCGGGUUUGCAAGUAUGCUCUAUGGAACAAGCCCAGGGCCUUGCGCAUGCUACGAAAGUGUUCCACCACUGACCUGUGUGUCCAGCCCUAUGCAAAAGUUUCAAGUUAAUCUUUUAAAAACUGUGGUUAACAUCUAACUUAUAUAACCAUUUCCCAACAUACAUUAAAGACAAAUGAAUUCUUUUCA